UUCCACUCCUUUGUGCUCCACGGCUCGCUCGCGCCCCUGCCGGCUGCCACCGUCGCGCCGUCUCAGGGCCCUUGUGUCAACCUGGAGUUGUGCAGAGCUGGGGUCAGGGGAGGCACACGGUCCAAAGCCCUUUUACUUUCCAAGGAUGGGCAAAUCCUGGCAGAAGCAGAUGGACUGAGCACAAACCACUGGCUGAUUGGUACAGACAAGUGUGUGGAGAGGAUCAACGAGAUGGUGAACACAGCCAAACAGAAGGCUGGAGUGGAUCCUCUGGUACCCCUUCGAAGCCUGGGCCUGUCCCUGAGUGGUGGGGAGCAGGAGGAAGCAUUGAGGCUCCUGAUAGAGGAGUUGAGGGGCCGAUUUCCCUACCUGAGUGAAAGUUACGUAAUCACCACUGAUGCAGCAGGUUCCAUCGCCACAGCUACACCGGAUGGUGGGAUUGUCCUCAUCGCUGGGACAGGCUCCAACUGUAGGCUGGUCAACCCUGAUGGCUCCGAGAGUGGCGCUGGUGGCUGGGGCCAUAUGCUAGGAGAUGAGGGCUCAGCCUUCUGGAUUUCACACAAAGCUGUGAAAAUCGUAUUUGACUCCAUCGACAACUUGGAGGCAGCUCCUCAUGAUAUUGGCUAUGUCAAGCAGGCCAUGUUCAACUAUUUCCAGGUGCCAGAUCGGCUAGGAAUCCUCACCCACCUGUAUAGGGACUUUGAUAAAUCCAAGUUUGCUGGGUUUUGCCAGAAAAUCGCAGAAGGUGCACAGCAGGGAGACCCCCUUUCCCGGUACAUCUUCAAGAAGGCUGGGGAGAUGCUGGGCAAACACAUCGUGGCAGUUUUGCCAGAGAUUGACCCGGUCUUGUUCCAAGGGGAGCUUGGCCUCCCCAUUCUGUGUGUGGGCUCAGUGUGGAAGAGCUGGGAGCUGUUGAAGGAAGGCUUUCUCCUGGCAUUGACCCAGGGCCGAGAGCUGCAGGCCCAGAACUCCUUAUCCCGCUUCACCCUGCUUAAACUACGGCAGUCUGCUGCACUGGGGGGUGCCAGCCUGGGAGCCAAGCACAUUGGAUACCACCUUCCCUUGGACUACAGCAUCAAUGCUGUUGCCUUCUAUUCCUAUACCUUCGAUACCCCUCCCCCAUCCUGCUGACAAAUGGAAGAAAAUAAAUGCACUUUACCCCAUCCCCAGCAGGAUGGUAUCCUCAACA